GAGGGGAGUAACGUUUUAGCUAAGAAAAUACGACACCGAAUAUGCAAAAUCAAGGGGUGUAACUUUUUCGAUAUCGAUAACUGGUUCAGAAAAUGUAAUUCAUAUCAUUCUUAUCAGCGGUAUUAAGCGGUAUUAAACGAGAGAAGUCGGAAUCUUUAAUAUAAAGCUAACUCAGUCUCAUGUUAGGGAGAUAGCUAACGUUAGUAAUACUGGUGUUUUAAAGAUGAAGUUGUCUUCUAUUGUAGUAACAUUGAUAUUAACGGUGGGUGUUUCUUAUUACAUCUAUACACCGUUACCUGCUGCCAUCGAGGAGCCUUUGAAACUGAUGCUGCUGGACGCCUUAUUCCGUGCUAUGCUGCAAGUGGGUGACCUGUGCCAGUGUCUGGGUCUCAGUCACCACAUCCCAUGGAUUCGGGGGACCAUAUCGGGGCUGGAGACCCUGGGGGAGAUGGCGGGAGGGCAGAGAGGCGGGGUGAGGGUGAGUGACGUGGACUUUGACAGAGUCCCGGUGCGUGUGUACGAGCCCCCGGCCGCGGGGGGAGGAGAGGGGGGUCUGAGGAGGGCUGUGAUGUUCUACCAUGGAGGAGGAUGGGCCCUGGGGGCCACCAAGAUGGGGAGCUAUGAUGUCUUGUGUAGGCAGAUGUCUGAUGAGCUGAAUGCAGUGGUUGUGUCUGUAGAGUAUCGUCUGGCUCCAGAAGUGCAUUUCCCUGUGCAGUAUGAGGACUGUCUGGCUGCGGCCAAGCACUUCCUUGAGCCGGGCAUUCUGGGAAAGUUGUCUGUGGAUCCACAGCGUGUGGCCGUGUCAGGCGACAGCGCUGGAGGAAACCUCGCUGCGGCUGUCGCACAGCAGAUCUCGGUAGAUGACAGUGUGAGUGUGAAGUUCAGUGUUCAGGCGUUAAUCUACCCAGUCCUCCAGGGUCUAGACCUCAACACUCCAUCCCACCAACAGAACCACAACAUACCCAUCCUACACCGCUUUAUAAUGGCCAGGUUCUGGCUGCUCUACCUGGGGGUUGAUACCUCUCUCUAUCCCCUCCUCUUGUCCCCCUCCUUCCUCCAUCAUCCCUCUAUCCCUCCCUCCCUCCGCUCCCAUCUCAACUGGACCACCCUUCUGCCAGCCAAACACAUUAAGCAUUACAAGCCUGUUGGCAUGGAGAUGGGGUCACAGGAGGUCAUGGGGCAGGAGGGCAAUCUUCUCCCGGUGUUGUUGGAUGUCCGAGCGGCGCCGCUGCUGGCGGAACAGGGGGUUCUGGGUAGAACGCCGCGAGCUUACAUUCUAACGUGUGAGUACGAUGUGCUCAGAGAUGAUGGGUUGAUGUACACCAGGAGGCUACAGGACGCGGGCGUCACGGUUUCCAGCCAUCACUAUGACGAUGGUUUCCACGGCGCCUUGAGUUUUGCACACUGGCCAUUUUUCUUUGAUGUGGGGAAAAGAAUGAUCAGAGGAUACAUGGACUGGCUGCAGGAAAACCUCUAGUGUGUGUGUGUGUGUGUGUGUGUGUGCGUGCGUGUGGGCAACUGCAAACCCAAAGCCAUCUUGCAGUCAGAAUUUCAGACCAAUGUUCAGGUUAAACAAGCAGAUGUUUUAAGGCUUUUAAACUGGGUUCAACCUGAUUGUUGACCUGGGUUAGAAUGUCUCUCUUACUGGGUUAAACUGGAUCAAACUGGGUUGGACGGGUGUUUUAAACUGUGUUAGAAUGUAAGAAUAUAACAGAGACACCGUUCCCUGAUUUGUAGCUGUUUGCACUCUGGGGUGUGUGUGUGUGUGUCACAAUAUGUUUGGUUCCGUUAAACACACACACACACGUCAUCCUAUCCCAGCUCUGCUCACCUGACCUGAACAAUACAUAUGAUGUGUUUUAAACAUGCAGUCUGGUAUCUGUCUGUCAAACUAAUACACUAAAAUAAACGUCCAUCUAAGCCAA